AUCUGCUUUUCAGGUCGACACUAUGGUGUGAUAUCAUGUGAGGGUUGCAAAGGCUUCUUCAAACGUUCUAUACGUGGACAUGUGAAUUACGUGUGUCGAAGCAACCGGAAGUGUGUGGUGAAUAAGGCCUAUCGAAAUCGGUGUCAGUACUGUCGAAUGCAGAAGUGCCUCGACGCAGGAAUGCGCUCAGAAGCUGUACAGAAUGAACGUAGAUUAGGCAAUUCCAUGUCUCUCACAACCUCUGUCUCAAGCGCCUCUCAGUUACCAUCCUCUCGCCUUAUCGAUCCAACAACAGAAAUCCCUCCCCUUCUUACCCCAUCGCAUAAUGAUGAGAACUCCAGCUCCAGUACUGCUGCUGUUAAUCGGUUGCCAGGUGUAGGUGGUGAUAAACCUGGUUCCUCGGCUUCUUCUUCACCCCUUCCUCCACCAAAUACUUCCAAUCUUUUUAGACAUGUUUCUGGCAAAUCUCUU